CCCAGCAGGCCCUGCGCGAGCGACGGUUGCUGGUCCCUGAGAAGCAUGGCGGCUUCUUCGAGUGGUGAGAAGGAGAAGGAGCGGCUAGGAGGCAGCUCGGCAUCAGCAGGCAGUAACAGUACGCGGGAGCGGCUGUUGUCUGCGCUUGAAGAUCUGGAGGUCUUGUCAAGGGAACUUAUAGAAAUGCUGGCAAUUUCAAGAAACCAAAAGCUGUCACAGGCUGGGGAGGAAAACCAGGUCCUUGAGUUGUUAAUUCACCGAGAUGGGGAAUUUCAGGAACUAAUGAAAUUGGCACUUAAUCAGGGAAAAAUCCAUCAUGAAAUGCAAGUUUUAGAAAAAGAAGUAGAGAAGAGAGAUAGUGAUAUUCAGCAACUACAGAAACAGCUAAAGGAAGCAGAACAAAUACUGGCAACUGCUGUUUAUCAAGCAAAAGAGAAACUCAAGUCAAUAGAAAAAGCAAGAAAAGGUGCUAUCUCCUCUGAAGAAAUAAUUAAGUAUGCUCAUAGAAUUAGUGCAAGUAAUGCUGUUUGUGCCCCACUGACCUGGGUUCCAGGAGACCCACGAAGACCAUACCCAACUGAUUUAGAGAUGAGAAGUGGAUUGUUGGGUCAGAUGAACAAUCCUUCCACAAAUGGUGUGAAUGGUCAUUUACCAGGGGAUGCCCUUGCUGCUGGUAGACUACCAGAUGUGCUUGCUCCACAGUAUCCAUGGCAAUCAAAUGAUAUGUCAAUGAACAUGUUACCACCAAACCACAGUAACGACUUUUUGUUGGAACCUCCUGGGCAUAAUAAGGAAAAUGAAGAUGACGUAGAGGUUAUGUCAACGGAUUCCUCAAGCAGUAGUAGUGACUCUGAUUAA